CGCGCGAUCACGUGUGACAGGUUCAUCUUGAACUUUGCCUCGAUUGCACCGCGUCCAGUCGCUAAUCUGGCCCGACAACGGCAGCUGGCCCCUCCACAUGGAGUCCAAGACCUCCCGCACCUACUUUUCUGCCUCCCGCUCGCACUAUGACAUCCUAGGAGUGAGCAGCAGAGCCUCACCCGAAGAAAUUCGGCGUGCGUACAAGGUCAAGGCUCUGGAAACACAUCCCGAUAAACUCGAGCCGACAGCUUCUCCCGAGGAGAAGCAAAGGUCGGAGGCACGUUUUCAUCGCGUGCAGCAGGCGUUCGAAGUACUUCGCGACAGCGCGAAACGAAGAGCGUACGAUGCGGAACGUGGUUUUCGGCCUCCGCCCACGCGAUCCCAGACUGCUCCACCCACGUUUGAAGAUCGCAAGCUCAGCGAAGCUUAUCGUGCGCGCAUGGCUGAUCGCGCGGCAUGGGCAGCCCGUCAACGUGAAGAGUGCUAUGAGAAGAUUCGGGAACUGCGAGAACGAGAAGCGGCGGCGCGUGAAGCCCAGAAGAAACGUGAAAUGAAUCCAGAAAGUGACCAUCGGCAAUUGGUCAACCGCAUACUUGCAGAGCUAUAUGAGAGGAAUCCAGAGUGGAAAGAUCGUAGAGAGAAAGUUGGUGUCAAACGCCAGGAACCCACGAACACAACCAACCCACAUUCUCCUCCACCCGUCCCUUCUUGAACCUCCCUAUGAUUGCGUUAUUAUGCGCCCACUGAGUUAUCUCGUUUUUAUUGGCGGCUUCCAUUAUGUUGUGAGCUUGUUGUACUUAUGUCCCGUCCGUGAGCUGUUGUCUAUGUGUCGAACGCUCUUUCUUCAUGUCGUUGAUAUUGACUCUUCCGCUGAUAUACUUCCUUGAUAUCACCUCUCCUCCAUUACACGUAAGCUAGUCAACCGACUUGUCGCAAUGUGACCUAUGUCCGAUACCGCCCGGUCCAGCUCCGACCUCCAAAUAGGGUCGCCUGCUGUGAUGGGAAUGAUCUCUUCGAGGGGAGGAGAAUGUGGAUCAAGUGAAUGUGGAAUCCCCAGCGCAUCCUCCAUUUCAUGUGCCACCUCAGCCCUACUGCGUCCAUUGACGAACGUGAUAUACCGCAGUGACGGGUAUCUCCGCUCAUAGCACAUGUUGAGGUGCGCAAGACGGGCAAGGACCUCGGGCGGCGUCGCUCUGGCCGCCUGCUCCUUUGCGCUGAGAUGGGAGAGGUUCUGCGUCUCCCCGAUGCGCGGAUGGCCGGCGAUGAACUGGGCGCGGAGCGCGUCGUCCCAGGAGGACAGCUCGGCUAACGACGCAUCGAUGAGAUCCUCAUACGACGCCCACGGCUGGGAUCGGGUCGCGAGGGCCGGUGCGAGGGUUUUCUGGAGGAUCGCAGACGGCUCGAAGAGCGUGUCUAAUGCCCGCGUCGUCUGCGAUACAUCGGACAGCGCGGCUAGCGGUGGGAGCGUUGUCAUUGCUGUCGGCGGCGGCGGGUCCGGAAAACCUUGGAAGGCGUGGCGGUGCACUCGCAGACAUGUGAUAUUUCCGAGUCCAUCAUGCGAUCCGAGUCCAUCCUUUUCUCUUCCCUAGACUCCGCGACGCUUCGCCCCCUAGACUUCCGCUGCGACUGUCUGUGCCAAUGCCCAACCAUGUAUUGCGGCAGCUUCAGCUACUCGUGCCCGGUGCAGCCUUGACGUACUAUCUCGAAACGCCAGACCACCUACUAGUGACGCUCUCGAGCAGGGGAUGGGGAAGAACCGCUGCGUUGGCGAGCCUGGGACUCGAGGCGCUCACGAUCGUUCUGUUCGUGUACAUCUUCCUAACGCCGUGGAUUCACGGCGAAUCACCCAACGUGCGUCAUCUCAUCUCCAGACACCUUCUGCUGUGCAGCGUUCUCAUCACCAUCAUCACCCUCGCGCGGCAGUUCCGUUCCUGGCGAGCCUCCGGGGUGCUGUCGUCCGUUAUUCCUAUCCUCACGUUCUCGAUUGUGACCGGGUGGCUGGGCAUGGUGGCGACGCUGGGGCAGACGAGCAUGGGGUACCCCCGCGCCGUCGUGGGCACUUCUGCGAUCUACGCCGCCACCUUUGGCCUGCUUGGCCUCAUCCCUGCACCGAGUUUCCGGCGUUCAAGUCAAUCGCGGAGACCAGACUAGCAGGCUGCGCGCAUUUGAUAUUUAUGUAGCAGUUGCUGCCUCGUGAGGGUGCAGCAACAUCUUGAGUUGCCCGGGAGUGCCAGUGGUCGGGCUGAACCGCGGGUCCUCGACAGCAGGCAAGAAGAUACUGUUAUGCAGUCUCUAACACACAAGAUGGGAUGCAUGGGCGAUGUAUACCACAGUCUGAUGUCAUAUAGAUACAACCCAUGAGAGAUAAAGAAGUACAUGAUCCCCGAUCUCACAUCGAUUGUCU